AUGUCUCAAAAUACAGAAGCCUCGCAGACGGCUCAAGAAUUCAUUGCCAGUCAAUUGCAGCUCGAAGCCGACGCGCGUGAAGCUCUUCCCUACCAAUUCGACACUUGCACAAAACCUCUCGGCCCACUCAGACAGGCAAUCUUUGCUUGUCUGACAUGUAACCCGCCUCCCACCUCGGACAACAAAUCACACACUCCAGCCGCCGUAUGCUACUCCUGCAGCAUCUCCUGUCAUGGCGAACACGAACUGGUCGAGCUCUUUACAAAACGUAACUUUGUAUGUGACUGCGGCACUACCAGAGUUCCCUCAUCAGCACCUUGCACACUUCGUAUCAACGAAUCUACGAGCCAGAAGGGCAACGUGACUGGAGAGGCUCCUGCAGAAGACAACAAGUACAACCACAACUUCGCUGGUCGCUUCUGUGGCUGUGGAGAGCAGUAUGAUCCUGAGAAAGAGAAGGGCACCAUGUUCCAGUGCUUGGGCUUGGGUACAAUUGAACAUGGUGGCUGUGGAGAGGAUUGGUGGCACCCCGAGUGUCUAAUGGGCCUGCCCAGACCUCAGCCCACUGAAAAUAUUCCCAAGCAAGAGGAGAAAGAGAAGAAGCAGCCGCUUGAAGGUCAAGAGGAGACGACAGAGGCUCCCGAGGAGAUCGACGAGGCACCGUUGCCGCCUGGCUUCCCGGCAGAAGACGACUUUGAUCACCUCGUCUGUUACAAAUGUGUCGACUCAUUCCCAUGGAUCAAGCAGUAUGCCGGUCAAGCAGGCUUCCUUGGUCCCAUCUACCACAAACAUCCCUCGGAUACAGCCGAGACGAAAGCCACAACGACAAUCACCCAAGACGCAUCUCUGCCACCUUCGACUGAAAGCAAGAAAAGAAGUGCCGAGGAAGAUUCGGAAGAUCCGGCGUCUAAGAAGACAAAGGUCGAGUCCGAAGAAGGUGCUGUAGACACCAUUACAACCACAACUGCUGCUGAAGAUUUACCUCUGCACACAAAGCUGCCCUCAGCUCCAUCCGGAACCUUCUCCCUCUUCCUCCACGAAGACUUCCGCACCCACCUCUGCCGCUGUCCCUCAUGCUUCCCGCAUCUGAAAUCCCACUCCCAUCUCCUCGAAGAAGAAGAAGCCUACGAACCACCCGUCUCUGAGAGCGACAAUGAAGAAGCUCAGAACGGACGCGGUAGUGUAGGCUCAGGAAGCACUUAUGAGCGUGGAGAAGCUCUUCUCAGCAAUAUGGACAGGGUCAAAGCCAUUGAGGGUGUUAUGGUGUAUAACCAUCUUAGGGACAAAGUAAAGGCUUUUUUGCAGCCGUUUGCCGAGAGUGGGCAGGCUGUGGGGGCCGAGGAUAUCAAGGCUUAUUUUGAAAAGUUGAGGGGUGAUGAGGAGGGGAUCAGACUUGCUGGUGCUGGGGCUGGUGCUGCGGACGAGGGCGCAAAGCAAGGUGGUAACUAA